ACAACCACAGCUGCCCAAACUACAACCACAGCUGCCCCCACUACAAUCGCAGCUGGUGUUAGGACGACAACAGUUGCACCGAUAAAAACAGCUGCUGAAACCACCACCACAGGUGCCUCCCAAUCGAAUACAGCUGCUGCCACAACAACCGGAGCUGCAGAAACAUCAACCACAGCUGUCGCUAUGACUACAACAGUAGCAGCCACAACAACAUUAUCUGCCGCAACAACGAUAGCAGCUCCAACGAUGAGAACAGCUUUAACAACCACAGAUAUUCCGACAACCACCGCUGCCCCCACAACAACCACAGCUGGUCCAACAACAACCAAAGCUGCUCCAAAAACAACCACAUAUAUACCAACCACCACAGCUGCCCCUACGACAAACAUAGCUGGUGUUACGACGGUAGAAGUUGCACAGAUAACAACAGCUGCUGAAACUACCACCACAGUUGUCUCCCCGACAACUACAGCUGCUGCCACAACAACCACAGCUGCACCAACAACAACCACAGCUGUUGCCAUGAUAACUACAGCAUGUGUUACGACGUCAACAGCAGCACCAAUAACAACAGCUGUUGAACCUACCACCGCAGGUGUCUCCCCGACAACUACAGCUGCUGCCACAACAACCACAGCUGCACCAACAACAACCAAAAAAGAUCCAAAGACAACCACACCUGGAGCUACAACUACAACAGCUGCACAAACAUCAACCACAGCUGUCGCUAUGACUACAACAGCAUCAGCCACAACAACAUUAGCUGCCACAACAACGAUAGCAGCUCCAACGAUGAGAACAGCUUUAACAACCACCGCUGUCCCCACAACAACCACAGCUGCCCCCAUGAUAACUACAACUGGUGUUUCGACGGCAACAGCUGGACUAAUAACAGCUGCUGAAACUACAUAUAUGGCUUCAACAACAACAGCUGCACCCACACCAACCACUGCGACUCUCACAGCAACCACAGCUGUCCCCAUGACAACCACAGCUGAUGUUUUGAGGACAAAACCUGUGUCAAUAACAACAGCUGCUGAUACUUCCACCACAAGUGCCUCCCCGACAACUACAGCUGCUGCCUCAACAACAACAGAUGCACCAACAACAACCACAGCUGCAGUUACGACAACAACAGAUGCACCAAUAACAACAGCUGCUGAAACUACAGAUAAGGAUUCAACAAACACAGUUGAACUCACAAAAACCACAACUUCUCCAACAACUACAGCUGCCCCCAUAAUAACCAGAGGAGCAGCAACAACAACCACAGCUGCACCCACAACAACCACAGCUGCUCCAACGAUGAGAACAGCUUUAACAACCACAGAUAUGCCGACAACCACCGCUGCCCCCACAACAACCACAGCUGCCCCCAUGAUAACUACAGCUGGUGUUUCGACGGCAACAGCUGGACUAAUAACAGCUGCUGAAACUACAGAUAUGGCUUCAACAACAACAGCUGCACCCACACCAACCAUUGCGACUCUCACAGCAACCACAGCUGUCCCCAUGACAACCACAGCUGGUGUUUUGAGGACAAAACCUGUGUCAAUAACAACAGCUGCUGAUACUUCCACCACAAGUGCCUCCCCGACAACUACAGCUGCUGCCUCAACAACAACAGAUGCAACAACAACAACCACAGCUGCAGUUACGACAACAACAGAUGCACCAAUAACAACAGCUGCUGAAACUACAGAUAAGGAUUCAACAAACACAGUUGAACUCACAAAAACCACAACUGCUCCAACAACCACAGCUGCCCCCAUAAUAACCAGAGGAGCAGCAACAACAACCAUAGCUGCUCCCACCACAACCACAGCUGCUCCCACAACAACCACAGCUGGUCUAACAACAACCACAGCUGGUCCAAAAACAACCACAGAUAUACCAACAACCACUGCUGCCCCUACAACAAACACAGCUGAUGUUACGACGAUAGAAGCUGCAACGAUAACAACAGCUGCUGAAACUACAACCACAGUUGUCUCCCGGACAACUACAGCUACUGCCACAAAAACCACAGCUGCAUCAACAACAACUAAAAAAGAUCGAAAGACAACCACAGCUGGAGUUACAACAACAACAACAACAAAAAUAACAACAGCUGCUGAAACUUCAGAUACGGCUAUAACAACAACAGCUACACCCAGUACAACAACAGCAGCUAUCAUAACAAACACAGCAGCACUAACAAUUACCACAGUUGCUCCAACAACAACAACAACUGCCCCUACAACAACCACAGAAAUGCAGACAACCACCGCUGCCCCGACAACAACCACAGCUGCCUCCGUUAUAACUAAAGCUGGUGUUACGACGACAACAUUAGCACCAAUAACAACAGCUGUUCAACCUACAACCACAGGUGCCUCCCCGACAUCUACAACUGCUGCCACAACAACAACAUCUGCACCAAAAACAACAGCUGCUGAAACUACAUAUACGGAUAUAACAACCACAGUUGCACCCACAACAACCACUGCUCCUCCCACAACAACCACAGAAGAUCUAACAACAACAGCUGUCGCUACAACUACAACAGGAACAAAACCAACAGCUGUCACAAAAAAAACCACAGCAGCUCCAGCAACAACCACAAAUGGAGUUAAGACAACAACAGCUGCAAAAAUAACAAGAACUGCUGAAACUACAGUUAUGGCUUCAACAACUACAACUGCACCCACAACAACCACAACUGCUCCCACAAAAACCAAAUCACUGCCCCCACUACAACCACAGCUGCCCCCACUACAACCACAGCUGCCCCCACUACAAUCGCAGCUGGUGUGCCUCCCAAUCGAACACAGCUGCUGCCACAACAACCAUAGCUGCAAAAACAUCAACCACAACUGUCGCUAUGCCUACAACAGCAGUAGCCACAACAACAUUAGCAGCCGCAACAACGACAGCAGCUCCAACGACGAGAACAGCUUUAACAACCACAGAUAUGCCGACAACCACCGCUGCCCCCACAACAACCACAUCUGCCCCCAUGAUAACUACAGCUGGUGCCUCCCAAUCGAACACAGCUGCUGCCACAACAACCAUAGCUGCAAAAACAUCAACCACAACUGUCGCUAUGCCUACAACAGCAGUAGCCACAACAACAUUAGCAGCCGCAACAACGACAGCAGCUCCAACGACGAGAACAGCUUUAACAACCACAGAUAUGCCGACAACCACCGCUGCCCCCACAACAACCACAUCUGCCCCCAUGAUAACUACAGCUGGUGUUACGACAGAAACAGCUGGACUAAUAACAGCUGCUGA